AUGUAUCUGUGAAUGACGAACAUCACAUUAGGUUAGGAUAACCUGGGGAAAAUCGGAGAGAAAUGGAAAAGGGAAGGAGUGUGCAGAGUCACAAUUGUAUUCAUUUUAUUCCCUUAAAAAUAAUGUCAAAAAGUAAAGGAAAAGGGAAGAAGAAGUAAAGGUGUAUUGAAUAAAUCAGAAUAUGAGUUGAAGCCUUAACAUUGACCUGCUAAGUUGCUGUCUUAGUGUGUGCUUUUCUUUACCUUACUGCGAUAAUGACUUCAAGCAUGGAAGAUUGUUGGAAGGAAGCAUGUAGCAUUCUCUGUGCUUUGACAAGAAGCCCUACUUAUACUCCAUGUCUCCUCUUUGCAGUAAAGAUUUUUGAAGGGGUAGUCUACAGUGUUGUAUUUUUUCCUCAAUUCUCAUCCAUUCCCCCAGCCCACUGGAAUUUGUCUUGUAGCCUCAUACAACAACGAAACUAUUUUGCUAAGAUCUCUACUGAACCUUUUCUUUUUCUUUCACUCCAGCAGAGUUUGGUGAUUGGGACCCAGCUUUCUACACGACAUACUUUCUCCUGAUUUUGCCUUUGCCUCUUCCUCCUUGGUCUCCCCCAGAGGCUUCUCUUUUUUCCUUCCCUGUUCACAUGCUGGUCUUCCUUCAGAUUCUCCCUCUAAGCCUUUGUCAUCUUGUCCAUUCUCCAGGUGGUCUUAUCCAAGCUCAAGAUUUCUGCUAUUUGUCUCCCUUAGUCAUUACUUGAUAUAUUCAUUCCAUUACUAAUGUAUUUGGUAAUACUUUGGUGGUUAGUCUUCUGAAAAAAUUGAGCAAGUUUUUGUUUUUUUGUCGUGCUGGAGAUUGAACUCAGAGUCUUGUGCAUACUUACUUCUAAGCUACAUUUCUAGCACUUAAAGUUUUUAAUGUAUUUUCAAAGGUAAAUUUUACUAAUCAAAACCUUUACAAUUCCCUUAAAAAUUGAGUUUAGUUUUCUAGGAAGGAGAAAAGAUGUUUGUGGAGAAAAAUCCCUAAUCACUCAGGGAUUAUUGUGGUUGCUAAGUGUUGGUAGCUUAAAUCAUCCAUAAUGUGAGGAAUUGCAGUACAGAAAUUGGCGAAGACUACAAAUCGGGUCUCCUGAAACCAGAGAGCCCAUUUUUUAACACAGCCUUACAUGAUUUUUGCUAAAGACCAGGCAAGAUUCCUAUGAAAUUUGAUGUUUAAUGACAAACUCUCUUAUUCUGAAUUUUAAUACACUAUGUAUGGGGCAAGUAGUAGCUGCAAGAUUUAACAACUAGUCUGUGGAUUUGAAGUCAAUAUUACCUGUAAUUUGGCUGUUACCCCCAUCAUUCAACAUCAAAGGAGGUUCCUUUGUAUAUUUUGUGCUAGUUUCUUUAUAUAUUUCGGUGCAUUUUUGAGUGAUUAGUGGCCAAAUGAAGUUUUUAAGUCAUGUUUUAGAAAUGUACUUCUUCAAUAGAUCCAAGUUAGAACAAAUUUAGAUUUUUUUAGAUUAAGUUUUCAGUUUUGCCGACAACACUCAUACUAGAAGAAAAUAAUAUGAGAAAGUACAUAUUAGACUCUGAGUAUUUGUGAUAGCAAGUUAUAAUCCCCCUCUUAAAAAUUGUCUCAUAAAAUGUUCAACUGUCUGCUUACUUUUUUUCACCUACCUAGUGAAGAAAACCACAUCAGGUUCUUGAAACUGACUAGUUCGUGGGUUCUACUUCCUGUUGCGAGGAGGAAAAUGUGUCUUAAACUCACUAAAGUUCAAAAAGAUUGUUUUCAUUCUUUCAUAUAGGCCAAUUUAGGUUUCAAAUUCAUAUAUACCAAGUGAAACUGAAACUCCCUAGAAUUUGUUAUUUCUAUGAUAUGUAUUUGUUUCUGGCCAGGGAAAACAGCUUGAACCGUUAAUAAUUUACUUUAGAAGUACCAUCGGAGCAGGUUUGAUUCACUAAGUAGCUCUCCUUCAAAGAAGCCUGAAAAAGAUGUCACUCUGAGCAGGUCCCCUUGCGUCAGAAGCAGAGGAAGAAAACUCAAGGGUUUUUCACGAUGAGUCGGAGGAGGAUAUCAUGUAAAGACCUGGGACAUGCGGACUGCCAAGGGUGGCUGUAUAAGAAAAAGGAAAAGGGAACUUUCCUAAGCAACAAAUGGAAAAAGUUCUGGGUGGUGCUGAAGGGGUCGUCGCUGUACUGGUAUAACAAUCAAAUGGCAGAGAAAGCUGAUGGAUUUGUCAACCUUCCUGAUUUCAGUGUGGAAAGAGCAUCUGAAUGCAAGAAAAAGCAUGCUUUUAAGAUCAACCAUCCGCAGAUCAAGACCUUUUAUUUUGCAGCUGAAAAUUUACAAGAAAUGAAUGUGUGGUUAAAUAAACUUGGAUUAGCUGUAAUCCAUCAAGAGUCCACUUCAAAGGAUGAAGAAUGCUACAGUGAAAGUGAGCAGGAAGAUCCUGAAAUGACUGGGGAGACACCCCAACCUCCUUACUCUUCUUCGACUUCCUCUCCUUUGGCUGCCCGGCAGGCAUCUGCAUCCUUACCCAAACUCAGUGAAGCAUCAUGUUCUCUCUUUUUGGAAAAUACAAUAAAGACACCCAGCAGCUUCUCUUCCUUUGGAUCUAAAGAAAGACAGUCCUGGCUCAACAUAGUUAACAGCUCACCUGCGGCUGAAGACGUGGGACACCCCCUCACAUUUGCUGUGCAGGUUCAUGCACCGGUUCCUUCAGAAGCCCCAGAACACAGCUCUGUCACGUCAGAGAGUGGGUUUUUGAACUCUUUGUCUAGUGAUGACACCUCUUCAUUGAGUAGCAAUCAAGACCAUCUGACUGUCCCAGAUAAAUCUACUGGAUCAAGGAUGAUGGAUAGAGUGGAAACAAAAGCACCUGAAGAUGAUGAAAUGGAGAAGCUCUACAAAUCAUUAGAACAAGCAAGUCUGUCUCCUCUUGGGGAUCGGCGACCUUCAACCAAAAAGGAGUUGAGAAAGUCCUUUGUUAAGCGGUGCAAGAAUCCAUCCAUAAAUGAGAAACUUCACAAAAUCCGAACCUUAAAUAGCACAUUAAAGUGUAAAGAACAUGAUCUCGCCAUGAUUAAUCAGCUGCUGGACGAUCCGAAGCUGACAGCCAGGAAAUACAGAGAGUGGAAGCUCAUGAACACCAUGCUGAUCCAGGACAUCUAUCAUCAUCAGCAAAUCCCGCCUGACCCUGAAGAAACUGCUCAGGAACUCAAGAACUCACCUUCUUCUGCCUGUGUAGAAAAUUCUAUUUGAAAAAGCCAGGAUUCUCUCCUCAGAAGAGAAGCAAUUCUGUAAGGUGUUGCAAGUGAUUGCACUUUUCCCUAAAAGGAAAACUGAAACCUAGUUUGUCAAGUAUCAUCUUGCCUUAUUAAGAUGUGACUUAGGUGAAGACAAUCACCAAAUGUAGUGACACUCCUGGUUCCAGCUUUGUCACAUUCAUCAAGAUUGCAAUGGUGGCAUUCAGUUGAGCAGACAUUUUUCUGUGUCCCUACCAGGAGCUCCCAGUGAUGCUAAGCUCUGGAUGGGAUGUGAGAAAUGCAUCUUCCGUCCUUUGCGUUCAAGAGAAUGACAAUAUACCAAGGGCAAAUGAUCCAAUUUUAUUAGGGGAAAUUACUCAUAGAAACAUUCUGUUUUCCAAAAGAAGCAUGUGCACAUUCAGCCUUGUCAGGUAGCAGAGUUCUCCAAAGCACUUUUUGAGUGAAGGAAUGUUUUCUAAGGCAGCAACUGGAGUAGGACACAUGUUGGUUUGUGGAACAAAAAUUUCUUGCCUUUGUUGUUACAGAAUGGUGGUGCCUUUUACACUUGUUGAGAAAUUCUUUAUAGAGAGUGGUGUGUAGAAGAGAUCAAGAGGAGGCACUCACUCAAAAGACAGCUUGAUAUUUCACACUUGUCCCAGGUUGGGGAAUCUGAUUAAUAUUUCAUUUCCUCACAACAAUGGGAAAAAACUAUCUCAUUACAGUUGAAGACCUCUACUCCCUCCUACUUUCCUUAAAUAAUGGUAGGAGUAGUAAUAAGCCCAGCAAGGAAGAUCUUCCUGCUUUCAUCCUUGGUGGUAGCACUUGCACACAAUAUGAGUUUAUGUCCAGUUUUCCUGGUAUCAAUAUUGAUGAGAUGAUUCUGGCACCAAAAUUGUUUUUACUUGGGAGAAAAAGCAAACGAACAAAAACAACAAGAGUAGAAUUAAACAUGAUUAUUUUGUCUUUGUAUGUUUAUGUGUUCAUUGUGUGCUAUAUGAAUAGCUAUCUAUAAUAUGUUUCUUAUUUAAAUAUAUUUAUAAAAGUUCAAAUUAGAGUGUUUUAAAAGAUGAUAUGCUAUUAUAUGUUUUGUUCAGUAUAUAUAUAUUCUGAAAGUAUAUACUUUUUGCUUGAGAAAAAUAGGAAUUAUUGAUUUAUUGGGGUUACGUUGCACUAUAAUGUAUGAGAAACUCUCAGGAAAUCUUGUGAGAAAAAUAUGGGAGCAUGUGCUGAUAAUUUUUCAUUUUCUGGUCUCUUUCUAUCUCUCCUUCUCUCUUUCUAAAACUUCAGAGCUCUUAGAUUUCUGCAUCUGUUGUAAGUCCUCCUCUUAACUUUCAUCUUAGGUAAUCCGUUCUAUCAAAUAAACUUUAAGCUUUUUUUUUGGCAUUUAUGCCCAUAAGUUCUAGACCAAAUGAAACACAACUAAUGCAAUCUCUUGACUAUAGAUAAAUAGAAUUUGGAGUUUGUUGUUAAAGAGAGAUCAUAGAGAAAUAAUAUAAAAGUCUUACUUGCUGGUCACAGUGACGAUUUCUCACUAUCAGAAUAACCACAACCCACUAAGAACCCAUUUGGGCCCUACCUACCUGUUGCUAGCAAGUUGUUGACAGAAUACGUUUCAUUUCAUAGCAUCAAAAUGUGGCUUGACAUUCAAGUGGAAAUAACCACCCAAACUAAAUGGAGAUAGUUUUGAAUAUUUCUCCUUAAGAUGUCUUCAUACUCUGUAAACAAAACAUAGCCUUCACCUUAAGGAAAAUAAAAACAAAAAGCAGAAAGCAAGUGAAAGCAUUAGGAGGGUCUCUAAAAUAAUAGACCAUAUCAGUCAGGUUGGCCCAGCAAGCUCUUGCCUCAAGUGACUAAAAAAAGAAUGUGAGGCCAAGAGAAAUUCCGUCCAGGUCCUAGGAAUGGAUGAUGCUCUGGUUUGAGAGGUUCGCUUCAACCUCUUCCUCUGGAAAUUACCAUUGAUUCAUUCUGUGAUUAGAAGCUAUGAGAAGGUUGAUGGUUUGGGAUUCACAUUGUAAAGGGAGCAUUUUAAAUAAUGGAGGAAAUCAUGGUGUGACAAAAAAGUAUUAUUUUAUCUCUUUUUAUUUGGUCUGCAAAUCAACCUAUAGACUUCCAAACAGUUUUUCCUAAACUUAAGAUUUCCUUAUGGCCAGAACUUGUCCAUACACUUAAAUAUUUUACUUUAGCUUUUCAUUAAUACAUAUUUAACUGACCUUUUAAUGUGAGCUUCUUUGGUACUAUUCAAAUUUAAAGGUGAAAAUACACACGUGGUAGUGUUUCCUCCUUUGUAAAUGCUUCCAGUCUGUAUUAGGUUGAGUUAGGGAGUAUGGGCUGCUUUUGUGGGUUUUUAGCUAUAGGUGUAGCCCUUAAGAGAAGGGUGGGGGACAGAUGCAAGUGAGAGGAAGAAUAGGUGACUCCAUGACACUCAGUGUAGGAGGAACCCUGGGGAAUUCUGUUCUGGCUUCAAGUCACUUUUCUGGUUAAAGAGAUUUGGGGGAAAAGUGGAUGUCUUCUAGUUUAGUCCUGGGGACUGCUCAUCUGAAAUGGAUUUUAGGUAGUUUGUGGGACCUGGGGUGACCCUUCUGCACCCACUCUACAUGUAAGACUUCCAAACCUGGGCACUUGUUAAGGGUUAGAAUCUAAAAAGGACUGUGCUUUGGAGUUGUGGGGAUAAACCUCUAUUGUUAUCCUUUAGAGCCAGACUGGUGACUGAUAAGAUACCCUCAUUUUGAUAUAUUAUUGCAAAUAUACACUGAAUUCCACAUCCUUCUUGCAUCUGAGGGGCAUCUCUUGCUUUUAAGAAUUCUCUAGUUUCACCACAAUGGCGCAAAUCUCAGAAUAGAACCAAAGUCCUAGAAAGAAUCCUAAAGCAAGCAAUUAUUUCAGGUCCAAGGAGGCUUAAGAAGGAGUUGGUGUUAAAUUAGAUUUCAAUGUGAACUCCUGCCUUAUAUUUACACCAACUCUAUAGUUUACAAAUCGUUGUGCUUUAGGCCCCUCAACCCCCACUCCUCUUGCCACCCCAUGGACCAAGUGGGAAGAUCAUGGAUCAGAACUGCAAAGCCCCUUUGAGCCUUACCUGUUGUCUGGUAAAUCCCUCUGGAGUGUUCUGCCUGAAGUCCUGCAUUUUAUCAGUCUGGGUGGGUUCUGCACACAGAACCAGCUGGACUUGAUGGCUUUUUACUAAGCCUUCCAUGUGAAACCUGAGGGGCCUCUGCCUUGACCACAGUCUAUUAACAGCCUGCUGCCCCUGCUGCUGGGUUUUCUGAGAACUGGGACUUACCCUAAUCUCUCUGUGUUUCCUUUCUUUCCUUCUGUAAAUUAUGCUACUCAUUAGUGCUGGGAGGGUAUUAGAUGUAAGAGGUAUAUUAGAGAAAUGGAGAGAGUUUGCUUUGUUUUCCUUUUGAGGCAUGUCAUAUCAGAUGUCAGAGACCCAAUGAAAUGAUAAGGGGUUUGUCUUCUGACCCUCUGUCACAAUUUCUUAUUAUGUAAUUAGGCUAGUUUCCUCAGGGAGAGUUCAGAUCACAAGGUGUCACAGAGAUGAAACAGAUUAAAAGAAAAAUAUUUUUAAGUCAUUUGAGGAGAGGUGCUAUACCAAUUAAAGCCAUAUUUAAAUGCAUGGUCACAUACCUCUUUGUAAGAAAGAAAGAUGAUAUUUUGUUAGAGCCACACAGAUGACUUAAUGAGUAAUUUAGGUAUAGAAGAUGAUUACCCAAAUGUCACUUUAUAUUGAAAAGCUUCUGUAACCAAAUGAAGUUUUUGGAUGUAUCUCUUCUUCAGACUAACAGAACAUGAUAUAAUGUUUUCCAAUUCACUUCUCUCGCAAUAUUUUUGUAUAUUUAUUCCACCGGAGAAAUCAGGUCCUAGAAAUAGGAGAUGCCUGCUUUCCUAUGGAUUUGUUACACAAAAUUCAAAAUAAAAGCUCCUUGGGAGUAGUUCCACUCCUCACAGAAAACUGUCCCCACAGAAUGACACUUCAAGUAGCCACAAGCUUCUCUAUGUUGUGAGACAGGGAGCGAUUUUCUCGCCUCUUCUGUCUCCAUUCAUUUCCAUGUGAUCACAUUACCACACCAUAAAAGAUGGAUUCUACCUUUAAAAACAUGUUUUACGUUUCUCUUGUUGUGAGGAAACUUAAUGGCUCUGUCUUGAUAUUUCUUUACCUUCAGUCCAAAGGAAAGCAUGUCCCACGGAUAUUUAACACCCUGUAAUAAGAACCAGAACUUUCAGUCACCACUUAUUUUAAUCUCUGUGCAUGAUGGAGAUGUGACUUUAACACUGCAUGGUGUUUGGGGCAAGAUGUUAAUGUGGAAAUAAUAUAUUAAAUUUCAUUGUGUUUUCAUUUUUUUGUUAUUUACCCUUUUUGCCUAAACUGAAAAAAGGCAUGGCUCAUUUUCCUGUUUUAUGUUUUUGAGAUUGACUUGUAAGAUUAAAAUACAAAUGAAAGUAUAUCCAGUAAAAUGACAUAGGAAAAUUCUGAAAUAUACUACUGAUGUUGGUGUUUAUUUUCUACCCUGUACUGUUUCUUCCUCAAAAAAAAGAUAACAAAAAUCUUAGCUGCAAAGUGCUUAAUAGCUGUGCUUUGUUCUUCUACAAAGGUUCUUUCGCCCUCUGGUGGGCAUCAUGAAGAUAACAGAUUCCUGACUAAAUGAAAGAUCUAAUUAUAUUGGGGAAUCAUUUCAACAAUAACUGUCUGGUCUUCUUGAGUAUCUCUGGUAUAAAUGGUUAUCGGUACAAUGGUAUUUAAAUUUUUCAAAAAUUUCCAUUGGUCUACAAAAUCUGACUUGCACCUUAUAUUACCUUUUAUUAUUGGACAUCCAAUUUU